AUGAUCUUUAGGUUGCUCCUCGCCGCCGGAACGAUUGCUGCCGCGUGUGGAGCAUUAAACAGCACGAGGCCUCACAUCGUGUUCAUCUUCGCCGACGACCUGGGUUGGGCAGACACGAGCCUACACGGCGCGGUGCAAAUCCCGACACCCAACCUGGACGCCCUGGCCAGCAUGUCCAUUGUGCUGAACAACUAUUACGUGCAGCAGGAGUGCACACCUUCGAGGGCGUCGCUGAUGACCGGUCUGUUUCCUAUUCACCAUGGUCUACACGAUCCCUUGCUCCCUGCUUCGACAUCCGGCCUUCCCCUGCAAAUGAAGUUAUUACCUGAGUAUUUGAAAGACCUGGGAUACCAAACGCAUAUGGUUGGAAAGUGGCACUUGGGCUACAGCAGCUUUAACGCGACUCCCACAAGGCGCGGUUUCGACAGCUAUUACGGCUAUCUCAAUGGUUACAACGAUUACUAUCAGCACCUGUUGGCAUACGGCUACCACAAGGGACUGGACUUCUGGAGUGACACCGAGCCCCUUCCGCUGGAGGACGACAUCUACGCCACGACGCGAUUCGCAGAGCGGGCCAGAUCUAUAAUUCAAAACAGCGACACAUCCAAGCCCAUGUUCCUGUACCUGGCUGAACAGGCCACGCACAGCACCUACUGGCCGGUGUGGCUUCAGGCUCCAGAUGGCAACGUUGAAAAGUUUACUUAUAUCGGCAACGAAAACAGGACCAUUUAUGCAGGAAUGGUAGACGCCCUGGACCAGUCGAUCGGCGUGCUGAUGGAGGCGCUGGAAGAGGCUGGAAUGCUGGACAACACGGUGCUCGUGUUCAGCGCGGACAACGGCGCUCUCCCGUACGGGCCCGGGCAGAACUACGGCUUCAACUGGCCCCUGCGAGGCAUCAAGGCCACUCUCUGGGAAGGCGCCCUCCGAGCCGCGGCUUUCGUCUGGAGCCCGCUGCUGGCUAAAAGCCCGCGCGUGGAUACCCACCUGUUGCACGUGAGCGACUGGCUGCCCACGCUGUACUCGGCUGCCGGAGGCAACAUCGAAGAGCUUGGCAAUAUAGAUGGCAUGGACAUGUGGCAGGCUUUGUCCACGGGAGAGGAGUCGCCGCGCACGGAGUUACUGCACGACAUCGAUGCGGAUGCCGGAACAGCGGCCAUUCGUUACGAAGACUACAAGCUGGUUGUGGGAAGCUACGGGGACCCAUGGGACGGACGUCACGAGGUGAUCGGUAGCAGUGGACCUCAAAGGGACCUGGACGGCCUACAGGAAGAGUCGAGGACGGCGGCAGUGCUGCGCCGCUUCUACGGAGACCAGACCCUGUUCGAGCGUAGGAACAGCGAAUGGAGGCGGGAGUCGACGGUCGACUGCGGCGCAGACACGACGAAUUUCGCAUCGGGCGAGCCGUACUACCUGUACAACUUGAAGGAGGACCCUGGAUUCGGCCAUGGCCGUUUCAUUUCAUUUCACUUACAUCCUCUGAGGAAGGCUGGACCUCCAGCCGAAACUGUCACGAUCGUGUCCUUCCUGCUGGAGAAACUGAACGCCUACCGAGAGACUGCCCGUCCUGACAUCGUCGGCGUAAUAGACGAAAGGGGUUACCCCGAGAACAACAACGGCGUGUGGGCACCUUGGGAGUGA